AAUUUUAUCUUUUAGGGUGGUUGGCUAUAGAACACAAUUACUAUGUCUGACUCAGUAAUCCUCCACAGUGUGAAGAAAUUUGGAGAGGAGAAUCAUGGUUUUGAGUCAGAUGGAUCAUGUAACAAUGAUAAGAAAUCAAGGUUACAAGAUGAGAAGAAGAGUGGCAACGUUCGAGUUGGCUUCUUUCAAUUGUUUCGGUUUUCUUCAUCGACUGACAUUUGGCUGAUGUUUGUGGGAAGUUUAUGUGCAUUACUCCAUGGAGUGGCCCAGCCAGUCCUGCUACUCGUUUUUGGCACAAUGACAGAUGUUUUUAUUGACUAUGACACUGAAAUACAAGAACUCCAGACCCCUGGGAAAGAAUGUGUAAAUAACACCAUAGUAUGGAUCAACAGCUCCCUGAACCAGAAUGUGACAAAUGGAACAAGUUGUGGGUUGCUGGACAUUGAAAGUGAGAUGACCACAUUUGCCAUUUACUAUGCUGGAAUUGGUAUUGCAGCAUUCGUCGCAGGAUAUAUUCAAAUAUGCUUUUGGGUUAUUGCUGCAGCUCGUCAGGUACAGAAAAUGAGGAAAUAUUACUUUAGGAGAGUAAUGAGAAUGGAAAUAGGGUGGUUUGACUGCAAUUCAGUGGGAGAGCUCAAUACAAGAUUCUCUGAAGAUAUUAAUAAAAUCAACGAUGCCCUUGGUGACCAAAUAACCCUUUUCAUUAAGUACAUGACCACAUGCGUCUGUGGGUUCCUGAUGGGAUUUUACAGGGGUUGGAAACUGACCUUGGUUAUUAUUUCUGUCAGCCCUCUCAUUGGGAUUGGAGCAGCCCUCAUUGGUCUGAGUGUGUCCAAGUUUACUGAUUUUGAGUUGAAGGCCUAUGCCAAAGCAGGGUGUGUGGCUGAUGAAGUGAUUUCAUCUAUGCGAACAGUGGCUGCUUUUGGUGGUGAAAAAAGAGAGGUUGAAAGGUAUGAGAAAAAUCUUGUGUUUGCCCAGCAAUGGGGAAUUAGAAAAGGGAUCGUGAUGGGAUUAUUUACUGGAUACUUCUGGUGUCUUAUCUUCCUGUGUUAUGCACUGGCCUUUUGGUAUGGCUCCCAACUUGUCCUGGAUGAAGGAGAAUACACAGCAGGAACUCUAGUCCAGAUUUUCCUCAGCGUCUUAAUAGCAGCUUUAAAUCUUGGCCAUGCAUCUACUUGUUUGGAAGCCUUUGCAACUGGACGUGCAGCUGCCACCAGUAUUUUUGAGACAAUAGACCAGCAACCAGUCAUUGACUGCAUGUCAGAAGAUGGUUACAAGUUAGAUAGAAUCAAGGGUGAAAUUGAAUUUCAUAAUGUGACAUUCCACUAUCCCUCCAGACCAGACGUGAAGAUUUUAAGUAACCUCAGCAUGGUCAUUAAACCAGGGGAAAUGACGGCUCUGGUAGGAUCCAGUGGAGCUGGGAAAAGUACAGCACUGCAACUCAUUCAGCGAUUCUACGACCCCAGCGAAGGCAUGGUGACCCUGGAUGGCCAUGACAUUCGCUCUCUUAACAUUAAGUGGCUUAGAGCUCAGAUUGGGAUAGUGGAGCAAGAGCCAGCUCUGUUCUCCACCACAAUUGCAGAAAAUAUUCGCUAUGGCAAAGAAGAUGUGACGAUGGAGGAUAUAGUCCGAGCUGCCAAGGAAGCCAAUGCCUACAACUUCAUUAUGGCCCUGCCCCAGAAAUUUGACACUCUUGUUGGAGAAGGCGGAAGCCAGAUGAGUGGUGGCCAGAAACAAAGGAUAGCCAUUGCUAGAGCCCUUAUCCGCAACCCCAAGAUCCUACUUUUGGACAUGGCCACCUCAGCAUUGGACAAUGAGAGUGAAGCCAUGGUACAAGAAGCACUGAGCAAGAUUCAGCAUGGACAUACCAUUAUCUCAGUUGCCCAUCGCCUAUCCACGGUCAGAGCUGCAGAUGUCAUUGUUGGGUUUGAACAUGGCAUGGCAGUGGAAAGAGGCACCCACAAAGAACUGCUGGAAAAGAAAGGAGUUUACUUCACUCUAAUGACUUUGCAAAGUCAAGGAAAUCAAGUCCUUCAUGAAAGGGUCAUGCAGGGUGCAACUGAAGAUGCCUUACUUGAGAGAAGAGAGACCUUUAGCAGAGGGAGUUACCGUGAUAGUUUAAGAGCUUCCAUCCGGCAACGCUCCAAGUCUCAGCUUUCUCAGCUGGUACAUGAACCUCCAUUAACUGUUCUAGAUCAUAAGUCUACUUAUGAAGAAGACAGAAAGGGUGCAGACAUUCUUGUGGAAGAGGAAGUUGAACCUGCUCCAGUCAGGAGGAUUCUGAAAUUCAAUGCUCCAGAGUGGCCCUACAUGCUGGUAGGGUCUGUGGGUGCAGCUGUCAAUGGGACAGUCACACCCUUCUAUGCCUUUUUAUUCAGCGAAAUUCUUGGGACUUUUUCAAUUCCUGAUAAAGAGAAGCAAAGGGCACAGAUCAAUGGUGUGUGCCUACUCUUUGUAGCAGUGGGCAUUGUAUCCUUUUUCACGCAAUUUCUGCAGGGAUAUAUGUUUGCAAAAUCUGGUGAACUCCUCACAAAAAGGCUACGUAAAUUUGGUUUCAAGGCAAUGUUAGGGCAAGACAUUGGCUGGUUUGAUGACCUCAGAAAUAGCCCUGGAGCACUGACGACAAGGCUUGCCACAGAUGCUUCCCAAGUUCAAGGGGCUGCUGGCCCUCAGAUUGGGAUGAUUGUCAAUUCCUUCACUAACAUCACUGUGGCCAUGAUCAUUGCCUUCUUAUUCAGCUGGAAGCUAAGCUUGGUCAUUACGUGCUUCUUCCCCUUCUUGGCUUUAUCAGGAGCUAUACAGACCAAAAUAUUGAUGGGAUUCGCCACACAAGACAAGCAAGCUCUAGAGACUGCUGGACAGAUUACAAACGAAGCCCUCAGUAACAUCCGCACUAUUGCUGGUAUUGGAAAUGAGAGGCGGUUUAUUGAAGCAUAUGAGGCUGCGCUGGAGAAGCCAUUCAAGACGGCCAUUCGAAAGGCAAAUAUAUAUGGAUUCUGCUUUGCCUUUUCCCAGUGCAUAGCAUUUAUUGCUAAUUCUGCUUCCUACCGAUAUGGAGGUUACUUAAUCUAUUAUGAAGGACUGCACUUCAGCUAUGUGUUCAGGGUGAUCAGUGCAGUUGUCCUGAGUGGGAUGGCUCUCGGAAGAGCCUCCUCUUAUACACCAAGCUAUGCCAAAGCUAAAAUAUCAGCUGCACGUUUUUUUCAACUGCUGGACCGGAAACCCCCAAUCAGUGUAUACAGUGAUGCAGGUGAAAAAUGGGACAACUUCCAGGGGAAGAUUGACUUUGUUGACUGCACAUUUACGUAUCCUUCUCGGCCUGAUGUACAAGUUCUGAACGGUCUGUCAGUGUCUGUUAGUCCAGGCCAGACACUGGCGUUUGUUGGGAGCAGUGGAUGUGGUAAAAGCACAAGUAUUCAACUGUUGGAACGUUUCUAUGAUCCUGACAACGGGAAGGUGAUGAUAGAUGGCCAUGACACCAAAAAGGUAAAUAUCCAGUUCCUCCGCUCGAACAUUGGAAUUGUUUCCCAGGAACCGGUGCUGUUUGCCUGUAGCAUAGCAGACAAUAUCAGAUAUGGGGACAACACCAAAGAAAUUCCCAUGGAAAGAGUCAUAGAAGCCGCAAAGCAGGCUCAGCUGCAUGCCUUUGUCAUGUCCCUCCCAGAGAAAUAUGAAACUAAUGUUGGAGCUCAGGGAUCUCAACUUUCUCGAGGAGAGAAACAACGCAUUGCUAUUGCUCGGGCCAUCCUACGAGAUCCUAAAAUCUUGCUACUAGAUGAAGCCACUUCUGCCUUGGACACAGAAAGUGAAAAGACCGUGCAAGUUGCCCUGGACAAAGCCAGAGAGGGUCGGACCUGCAUUGUCAUUGCCCAUCGCUUGUCCACCAUCCAGAACUCGGAUAUCAUUGCUGUCAUGUCGCAGGGGGUAGUGAUUGAAAAGGGGACCCAUGAAGAACUGAUGGCCCAGAAUGGAGCCUACUACAAUCUAGUCACCACAGGAGCCGCCAUCAGUUGACCUGACUCAAGAAGGUCAUGGACAGAUGAUGUGCCAACUACAGAACUCCUGUGGGUUUUUGUUUUUCCUUUAAGGAGAAAUGCUGAUAUUUUACUUUCACAGCCAUUGUCAUAUACUGGGAUUCAGGCUAAUUUUUAAUGACCUGCAAUACUGAUUUAGCUUCAGAAGUCCAUAUAUAGAAAAUGAAAGAAAAUAAGGUCAGCGCAAGUGAAAAUCCAGUGUAAAGCUGUUGUUCAACCAUUACCCAGUGCUUUCUCUAUGCACGAAACCAGUUGCUGUCAAGUUGACUCUGACUCUUGAUGACCCCGUGUAUGUCGGAGUAGAGCUGUGCUUCUUAGGGUUUUCUGUGGCUGAUGUUUUGGAAGUACCUCCAAGCUUUCCCUUAGCAGCUGAGUGCAUUAACUGUUUGCACCAUCCAGGGACUCCUGUCUUGCAGGAGCCAGCCCCAAUUACUACAUUGGUAUUUGUGAGAGCCGUGGAGUAAAUGACGCUUUGAACUCCUCAUGGGGAGAGGUCUUUCUUUUGCAUUUUUGAAUACUUAGCGUACAUAGAGGCCAGAAUAUAAUAGGCACGUAAUCAAUGUUUGUUGAGUUGGGCCAAAGCUGUAUGUGAAAAAAAGGACCAAAGACUAAUGGUAUUUCUUGACUGGAGUUUUCUUGGCAUGUGAAAGCAGAUUCAUUCAUCUCUAGGGAUAAGGUUAGGGAAAGGUAGAAUGUUGGCACGUAGAUGAUCUCAGGCCGAGGGACACAAAAAAGAGCAAGUAUUAGCAGGGGUUUACCAUUAGUGGACCUGGUGGCACAGUGGUUAUGUGCUCAACUGCUAACCGAAAGGUCAGUGGUUUGAGCCCACCAGCUGCUCCUUGGGAGGAAGAUGUGGCAAUCUACUUCUGUAAAGAUUACAGCCUUGGAAACCCUAGGGGGCAGUUCUACCCUGUCCUAUAGGGUCACUAUGUGUCGGAAUCCUCUUGAUGGCAAUGGGGGAUCAUUAGGGGAAGGAGCCCUGGUGGUGCAACAGUUAAGUGUUUGGCUGUUAAUUGAAAGGUUGGCAGUUUGAACCCAUCCAGCUGCUCUACAAGAGAAAAACCUGGAGAUCUACUCCUGCAAAGAGUAAAGCCUAGAAAACCCUGUGGGUUCUACUCUGUCACAUGGGGUCACUAUGAGUUGGAACUGAAGCGAUGGCACCUAAUAACAACCAUAACCAUUUGAGGAAUUGGUUUACACCGUAGAUUCGGGGCACAGUGUGUAAAUGGUCAAGUCUCCAUUUAAUGGACUUGAAUUUGCCCGGUCCUUUUUUUGUUUCUAUCUAAUCCUACUCAUGAAAUGAAAAUAAUAGAUUUUAUCUUGCUGUAGCUUUGCAAAAGUGUUAUACCAAAAAGUGGUUUAAAUAUGGUAGGAAAACUCUCAUAUUUAUCUCAGCUCCCCCAAGACAUCAAUAAAUAACAUUAGAAAUAUUAAAAGAAAAAAUCAAACCAGUUGCCAUAGAGUCAAUUCCAACUCAGGGCGAACCUAUGUGUUUCAAAGUAGAAUUGUGCUCUUAUAGGGUUUUCAAUGGUUUUGACCUUUUGGAAGCAGAUUACCAGAACUUUAUUCCAAAGUGAGUCUGUGUGGUUUUGAACUGCCAACCUUUCUGUUAAUAUCUGAGGGCUUAACUCUUUGUGUCACUCAAGGACUACUAAAAAUAUUAAAGAAGGCAUAAAUCCACAAGAAUAAUAAAAUGAGAGAGAUGAUGGCAACAAAAUGUUGGGAGCCAGAAAACAAAUGGACAAUUGAUAAUAGAUCUAGAAAAACAAAAAUGUAAUCUGGUAGUAGGGGGAGGCCUAUAAGCAAUGCAAUUUGUACCACAGACCCCCUGAAAGGCUCAGAAUGUAGAGAAACUGUGAUCUUCUGGAAGGGAGGGGUGCAGAUGGAGCUGAAAACCUAUAUAGAAAGAGAAGUGUAGACCCCCUUUCUUGGAACAAGAUGGCUGCCCUUGCCCAAUCCCAGCAGAAGACUGGAUGCUCCCUCACAGAAAGGCUUGCCCACAGGUACACGAGUCACACUGGAAGGGGCGGAUAACAUACUGGGGACAGGGGGAUUGAGUGUAAAGCUGUAUAUGAACAGGAAAAUUCCCAGCCUCCACUCCCUUCUCUGGUAGGAGAUUGAAAGAUUGUUCUUUGGGGAAACUGGUCAAUCCAAGAGAACAGACCUGUGACCCUGAUGCUGGGAAUCCUCCAAAGAAAGUGCCCACCUAGAUUACCCUACAGUGAAACCCCCCCGGUACACAACUCAUACUACACAAUCUGCUGGCUUUUCAGUGCCUCUCUCUUCCAUAGGAACAGAUUGUCAAGGAUCACCAGACACUGAGGACAGAUUUUUAACACAAAAAACAGAAACAGCAAUAAUAAAACACUCAAGAAAAAGGAGAUUAGAGGUAACAGAAAAUGCAAGGAUCAGGAAAACAUUAAAAAAUUGGUAAUGAAUUUGCUCGAAUAGAUAAGAGAGGAUAUUGCCAUCUAUUGAAAUAAAAACAAGAGUCCAUAAAAAGAAACAUAAAACAAAACAAGGCAAAAAACAGCUCUCAAUAGCAGUAAUGAAAAAUUCAAUAAAAUGAUUGCACAGUUUCUACCAAGUUUUCCUGCCAUCAAAAUGUCUUCUUCCUAUUCCAUCUCCUUCCCAAACUCACUCUAUGUAUGCAGUAUAUGUUUUCUUCCCAUGGCCGUCAAAGGAAAUUCUGCCUACAAAUUAAG